AUGGCAUUCUUCAACAGUAGAGAGAAUAAGAUCCAGGAGGCUUCGCUAGCCCGGAACCAAGCUCCAGGCAUCCGGCACCUUCUCCCGCCCAGAGAAAUGGCUGGGGAAUGCAGGGGCCAAAUCAUCGGUCAAAGGCCAAACCCCCAUCAGCUCCGUGACGAGCCUCGGCGAGGCAAGAUCCUCCUCUCAAGCCUCAAGGGCUCGUCCCUCUCUGGGGAGCCGCUGAUUCCCCGCGACGACUCCGAUAGCCUCUGGCAGGGAGGCUACACGCGGCUAACUCCUUCCGCCACCAAACGGGAGGAGGCGGGGCGAGGAGAGAGGAAGGAGGAGCUUCGGCCACAGCGGCCUCUAUGGGCGGUCUGCGGCCGGCGGAAGAACGUCGCGCGGCGUUACCUGUGGGCGUUGUACCUUUACGCCUUCAUCCUAUUCGCUGCGUCUCUCUGGAGGAAGAAGAGCGGGGCGGUGGCGGGAAGCAGAAGGCCGCAGCUGCUUCCUGCCUCGGUGCGAAGCGUAGUCCCCCAGGAGCAUCCCGACUGGCCCCCCAGAAUACUGCAUAUGAACUGGGACAAACUCAGCCAGAGACAGACUCAGAAGGGCUCGGAGACAGAUUCGGAGAAGACAGGGCUGGUGCACAAGCUCCUGGACUCAGGGAGACAGAGACCAUCGUGGUGGUCCUCCUGCCUCCCCCACAGAAAUCAAGGCACAUUCCAGAGGGCCUCCAGAAAGCUGGCUGGGUCCCAGGCAAGGAGACAAGACUUUGAUGGAGAUAAUAAAGAAUUUGGAUUUUAUUACCUGGCUAUUCUCAUGGUGAUUACUCAACUGAAACCGAGGCUGGCCCAGAGACCUCCAGAAAAUCAACCAGAACAUUACAGAGGAGGAAAGGGAAAAAGAAAUAAAAAAUGCACAAUAGAAACAAAACAAAACAAAAAACCUAUAAGGAAGCAAAGAAAAAAUGGACAACUCUAAACACACAAUGUUUAAUACUACUAUAUAGGCUUUCUUGAAAUGGUAAUUUAUUGCUUUAUAUUUUAAAUCUUCUUAUGUUCUUCAAUGUUUUUCUUUUCUUUUCCUACUUUUUAUUUAAGUUUAAAAUAAAUAAAAGGGGGAGCUCUUGGAGAAAAGGGAGUGUUUCAUUCUUGUCAUUUUAAAAAAUAUAUUAAAAUUGUUGUCACAUGUAAUGGAAGGGGAAGUAAAAUAUCAUUAAAAAAACUCAGGUGAGAGGUCCUUUCCGACAAUCAGUUUUAGCUCUUGAUUUGUGAUUCUAAGGUGGAAAAUUUGGGAGGAUUUAAAAAGGGAAAGAAAGAGAAGGGAAAGGAGAUGGGAAAGAAGGUGGAAGAGAAAAAGGAGCAGAUGGAAAUGGAGAAGGAUCAGAAUAUAAGGAUAGAAUGAAAACUAAAGAAGGAAGAUACUAAAAAAGAAAAGGAAAAAAGAAAAGAAAAUUGAUAAGAAAUUAGGAAAACUAGAAAAUAGGGUGUGAAUGAAAAAG